CAGCACAUCAAAAGUCAUCGGAUAUCCUCUGAUGCUUCAUAUCCACCAAUAAUAUCCCUAUGCCGGCCGCUUGUCAAGACUCUUUCCGGGUUAGUAGAGUUCGCCUGUGCUGCACAGAGCCAGGACCGUUGGCAAAGGAGGGGUGCUGUCUGUCUCUUUGAGCUCCUCCUGGUGUGUGUCGGGUGUGUGUGCAUCAUGGCGAGCCUCCUACGUGUUGUGGCGGCGAGCUGCUCGACCCCUGUGUUCAACAGGGUUCCCUGUGCGAAGCUUCAGAGCAGCCGCACUAUCAAAUCUUCAUGGCUUCGCUUUUUCAGGACCCAUCAAGCUCUCGGACGAAGUGCCAGUCCAGGUAUUCCAUACAAACAACUCACAGUUGGUGUACCCAAAGAAAUUUUCCAGAGUGAACGUCGUGUGGCGAUUUCUCCCGCCGGUGUCCAGGCACUCAUUAAACAGGGCUUCAACGUCGUGGUGGAGGCAGGGGCUGGAGAGUCCUCAAAGUUCCCUGAUGAACAGUACGCCCAAGCUGGAGCAACAGUUAAAGACAUUAAAGAUGUCUUUGCAUCUGAUGUGGUGGUUAAGGUCCGUGCCCCAUCUUUCAACCCUGCCUUGGGGGUCCACGAGGUGGAUAUGAUGAAGGACGCGGCCACUUUACUCAGCUUCAUCUACCCGGCUCAGAACCCCGAGCUGAUGGACAUGCUGUCACAGAAGAAAACCACCGUCCUGGCUAUGGACCAGGUGCCCCGAGUCACCAUCGCUCAGGGUUACGAUGCGCUGAGCUCCAUGGCAAACAUUGCAGGGUAUAAAGCCGUUGUGCUGGCUGCUAACAGCUUUGGCCGUUUUUUCACUGGACAAAUCACAGCAGCUGGGAAGGUGCCACCUGCAAAGGUUCUUAUCAUUGGAGGGGGUGUGGCUGGAUUGGCAGCAGCUGGUAAUGCUAGGGCCAUGGGAGCCAUUGUCAGAGGAUUUGAUACCAGAGCUGCAGCCUUGGAGCAGUUUAAAUCUCUGGGCGCAGAACCGCUGGAGGUGGACAUUAAGGAGUCGGGAGAGGGCCAGGGAGGCUACGCCAAGGAAAUGUCAAAGGAGUUCAUCGAGGCAGAAAUGAAGCUGUUUGCCAAACAGUGUCAGGAGGUGGACAUUGUCAUCAGCACUGCUCUUAUCCCUGGCAAGCGGGCACCCAUCCUGAUAACCAAAUCAAUGGUAGAGAGCAUGAAAGAUGGGUCAGUGGUGGUGGAUUUGGCUGCUGAAGCUGGAGGAAACAUUGAGACCACAGUACCUGGAGAGCUGUCAGUAUACAAGGGAGUGACUCAUAUCGGCUACACUGACCUGCCCAGCCGUUUGCCGACUCAGUCCAGCACUCUGUACUCAAACAACAUCACUAAAUUGAUGCGGGCCAUCAGCCCUGACAAGGAGAACUUUUACCUCGAUGUCAAGGAUGUAUUUGACUACGGGACCAUGGACCACGUUGUCAGAGGAACUGUUGUCAUGCAGAAUGGAAAGAACCUGUUCCCUGCUCCUCAGCCCAACAAUGUGCCCGUUGGAGCACCUCCUAAACCCAAGUCCAUCCAGGAACUGGAGAAGGAGAAAGCUGCCCAGAUCUCCCCUUUCAAAGCUACUGCCACCACUGCUGGCAUGUACACUGGAGGCAUUGCAACCCUGCUCGGUCUGGGUCUGUCAGCUCCUAAUGCUGCCUUCACUCAGAUGGUCACCACCUUUGGUCUGGCUGGCAUCGUGGGAUACCACACAGUGUGGGGAGUCACCCCUGCUCUGCACUCGCCGCUCAUGUCUGUCACCAAUGCUAUAUCAGGUCUGACGGCUGUGGGUGGUCUGUCCCUGAUGGGAGGUGGCUAUACCCCAACAACUACUGCUGAGACACUGGCUGUGCUGGCUGCCUUCAUCUCCUCGGUCAACAUUGCUGGUGGUUUCCUGGUGACUCAGAAGAUGUUGGACAUGUUCAAGCGUCCCACUGAUCCUCCAGAGUACAACCACCUUUAUCUCAUUCCUGGUGGUGUUUUUGUAGGAGGUUACGCUGCUGCUCUGCAGUCUGGAUACAACAUUGAACAGAUGAUGUACUUGGGCUCAGGUCUGUGCUGUGUCGGUGCCCUGGCUGGCCUUUCUAACCAGAAAACAGCUCGUCUGGGUAAUGCUUUGGGUAUGAUGGGAGUUGCUGGGGGUCUCGCUGCCACUCUGGGUGCCCUCAAGCCGAAUCCUGAGCUUCUUGCACAGAUGAGUGCAGCUAUGGCCGUAGGUGGCACUGCUGGCCUGGCCAUUGCUAAGAAGAUCCAGAUCACUGACUUGCCCCAGCUGGUGGCUGCCUUCCACAGCUUGGUGGGCUUGGCAGCCGUGCUCACCUGCGUGGCUGAAUACAUGAUCGAGUACCCCCACUUUGCCACUGAUCCUGCAGCCAACCUCACCAAGAUUGUUGCGUACCUCGGAACCUACAUUGGUGGAAUCACUUUCAGUGGCUCUUUGGUGGCAUAUGGAAAACUGCAAGGUCUUCUGAACAGCGCUCCCCUGAUGCUCCCUGGUCGUCAUGCUCUCAAUAUGGGUCUUAUGGCAGCUAGCGUUGGUGGGAUAAUUCCCUACAUGAUGGAUCCCAGUUACACCACAGGCAUCACCUGCCUCGGAUCUGUCUCUGCUCUCUCAGCUGUCAUGGGUGUCACCUUGACAGCAGCUAUUGGAGGCGCCGACAUGCCAGUGGUGAUCACCGUACUGAACAGUUACUCAGGCUGGGCCCUGUGUGCUGAGGGCUUCCUGCUGAACAACAACCUGCUGACCAUUGUCGGAGCUCUCAUUGGGUCAUCUGGAGCCAUCCUGUCAUAUAUCAUGUGUGUGGCCAUGAAUCGCUCGCUGGCUAACGUGAUCUUGGGAGGCUAUGGCACAUCCUCCACUGGUACAGGGAAGCCCAUGGAGAUCACAGGCACACACACAGAGGUCAAUGUGGAUCAGACCAUCGACAUGAUUAAAGAGGCCCAGAGCAUAAUCAUCACUCCAGGUUAUGGACUCUGUGCUGCAAAGGCUCAGUACCCCAUCGCUGAGUUGGUGAAGAUGCUUAGGGAUGCUGGAAAGGAAGUCAGGUUUGGUAUCCACCCUGUAGCUGGCCGUAUGCCUGGUCAGCUCAAUGUGCUGUUGGCUGAAGCUGGAGUCCCGUAUGAUAUUGUCCUGGAGAUGGAUGAGAUUAAUGAAGACUUCCCUGAGACUGACCUGACCCUCGUGAUUGGUGCCAAUGAUACAGUGAAUUCAGCCUCCCAGGAAGAUCCCAACUCUAUCAUUGCUGGUAUGCCUGUGUUGGAGGUCUGGAAGUCUAAGCAGGUGAUUGUGAUGAAACGCUCCCUGGGUGUGGGAUACGCAGCUGUUGACAACCCCAUCUUCUACAAGCCCAACACUGCGAUGUUGCUAGGCGACGCCAAGAAGACUUGCGAUGCCCUACAGGCGAGGGUCCGCGAGACCAUGGACCAGUAAGGUUGAAGGUUAGCUCUGCACAUGGCGAUAGAAGGCAUCUAGUCAAACUUUUUUCCAAAAAUAUUUCAGCAUUAAGAUCCUCUUUGUCCAAUUGCGGUUCAGCCAAAUGAGCAAAGAUGGUCAAUAAGGUAAAAAAAUUUUGGCGACCCCUUCUUUUUAUCUAUAAAUAAAAGAAAUAUUUUAUUUUAAAACCACAUUUGUGCAGUAGGAGCCAAGCAAUGCUGUAGUUUUUCUGUUCGUGCUCCCACAUCAGUAUACUUAAACAGUUUGUUUUUUCUUUCUACCUGACGCAACUUUUAUCUCUAGAUAUUAAUGAAGGGUAUGUCAACCAAGUGGAUGUGGUCUGUAAACUGAAGAGCAUCCGACAUCUUCAUUUUAGACACCUAUAUUAAUGUAAAACAACAAUCAGACAUGUAGAUGCAUUAAGAUUAAGAGUUAGAUAUGUUAAAUUUCGCUGUUAAAGAUAUUUUAGGUGAUAGUUGAUAGUUGGAAAGUAAACUUUAGAUGAAUUGGAAUUAAAAAGGAACAAAAGCUGAGAUUUUUUUUAAGAGAGAAGACAUGAGAGACUUGAGAACUAAUGGUUAUUUUUUUUGCCCCCCACACUGUAAAGACUGUUGCCCCCCCCCCCCCCCCCCCCUUUUUUCCCCUCCAGUUUGCUUUUAUUAUAGUAAGGUUAUUUGAUGUUCCCCUUCUAUUUGUUCAAAUACUUUGUCACAUCUUCUUUCUCUGUACAAGUUAAAAGAAAAAAAAAGCAGAAUAGUGCAACAUUUUUGUAAAGUUCUUUCAGUUCCAGUUUUAUACUGUAUUGAGAGAUUUUUGUAUUGGCUCUGGUUAUAAUCAGAAACCUAGAAAAUGUCAAUGUGAUCACAUUUUAGAAGCCAUAACCUGUUAUUGAAAUCUAGUCACGCUGUUUGCUUUUUUCUCUUCACUUGAGUGUGGCCUGUGACCUCCACCUAUGCCUCUAGAGCAGCAGUCACUCACGGAUCCAAAAAUUAAAAUUAAAAUCCAUUCACCUCGUCUAUCAAGUAUUUAAUGCAAUAAACCAAAUGGCACUUGGCUUUUAAGUGUAGGACCACAGCUGUCAUUUAAUGCAAGUAAAGACUGUGCUCCUCCUACAAACAAACACUCUCAUAGCUCUGAUAGCUGAAUGGAUUUUAUGAUGUUUUUGUACCAGGUGUGUUCCAUCAUCCUGUGUGGUUCUGAUAUUACAGUGCAUGUGAUGCUAGCUGCUGGCCUUUACGGUAAAGAAGGGGUUUUUUUUGUUUUUGUUUUUUUUAAAAAUGAAUAUGGCUCAUCCACUCCAAUAUGCGUGUCCUCAUUAUUGCUCUGGAGGGAAAUGAAGGAUCACUUUAAAACAGGGCCAGAUGUUAAAAUGACUGUUAUACAAAGAGUCUAAAGCAACAAUGCAGUUAAGUCAUUUAAUUUGCCACAUUGCAGAAUACAUGAAUUGUUCAACUUUAUUAGAGUGUGCGUUUCUAAAAUGGAAUUGACCUUCUUUUUCUCCCUUCUCUUAAAGUUAAACAUUUUGCCAUUAACCUUAACUUGUGCCAAAACAUUUCCCCUUUGCACUUAAUGUGGAUAGAUUCAAUGGCACAAAUACCGAUCAACUGGUUGUUGUGAGUACUUCUUAGAAAACUGACAUAAUGGUAGUAGCUCCAACUCUUCACCUGUCUCUACACAGCUAAGCCAACCAAACUAAAAGCACCAGAUACUACAGCCCAUUGAGUUAGAAUUUUUGGCUAAGGUUGGAUUGCUGCCAUCCUUUUAUUACUUCCGUUUCUCUGUGUUUUUAUGGUAAUGAUACAAUAGAUGAAUUGGCAACAACUUGUUUCCUGUUUCCGGGUUUAAGGAACAAUAGCUCAUGAGGUGACACGUCAACGUUACUUUAACAAUAGCUCAGUAUGUACUGUAAGAACUGAAUUAUCAUAGUGUCAUCCUGGGACCCGAUACAUUGACCAUGACAACUGUUCUACCUCUCCUUAAAAUGACCAAUAAAUUUCCAUAGGACCUUUAUCUGACCAGUCAUCUUUGACCGAAUCUAGCACAGGAUGUCCACACAUCUUAAUCCAACCAGUCACACAUCCUAAGCCUGACCAAUUGCCUCCUGUUGUGUGUUCGCAUUUUUGUUUUUAACCAUCAGACCUCAGUUCGCUGCUGACUAGUUUAGUGUAUGUUAUGCAGGUGAAGACGUGCAGAUGUCAUUACUGCUCAUGAGGGGUUAUUGUUCUUACAUGUCAAUACAGGAAAGCAAAUGCAGUCUUUAUGGACUAUUGUACUGAUAUGUCUGCUUAAUAUUUGUGGCUUCUUGACUUUUUGUAUUGUAGGUAUUGAUCAAAUUAAGGGAGAUGGAAAAUCUAAUUUUUACAAUGGCCGUCAUGUCCCCCUGUGCCCUUAUUUUUCUUUCUGUAAAGAGGCUAUUUCUACAGAGCAGCAAUGGGGGUUGUACAAUGUUUCAAUGCACAUGUAAGGAGAUGAAAUGUACUGUGAAUGUCCCUCCCCCCUUGUUUAUCAUGGAACAUUUUCAUCCCUAAUAAACCUGUAUUUACACUAGA